AUGACUAAAGAACUGGUCAGUUCUUCCGCCGCGAAUAAGGCCCUGCUAAAUAUGUUUAUUGCUGCAGAGCUUCGAUAUCCGGUUCGCCAGUGUGCCGGCGCACGAUCAGUACGGAGAUGGGAAAAGACUUGCGGAUCGGUAGGGACUCAGCUUCCCUCUGCUCUACUUCUAUAUCCUGUUGCGAUAGGGAUUCUGGUCGUUUGCGUGACGCUAACUAGAAUCGCCAGAAUCCGCGAGAUCUACAAGGGAAAAGGGCUCGAGAUCCCAGACGAUUUUGACUCUACGCUGACAAUGCCGCCGGUUCAUUUCAUGCAGGUUUCCGCUCCAGACGAUGUCGACGUCAACGAGCUCAGGAAGGUAGAGGUUCCGGGAGGGCUGGACAUUGAAAUUCUGGAAUUUUUCGAGUAG